CGCGCCCCUUUUAGCAGAAUCACUUUGCAAAACACGACUUCAGCAGUGAUACAAGGCGACUUCACAUCUACACAUUCGUAUUUAGAAUUUACAAGACUCUUGUCUCACCUACCCGCCCUCAUCGCAUCGACCUCGUUGAAACCUCGUCGAAUAUCGUCCUUCACCAUGGCUCAAGCCUUCUUAACCACUGUUAACCAGCGAACGAGAAACCAGUUUCGCCCGCGCGUGGGCAAGGGAGGAUCGGCCAGUUAUCAACUGCGACAGUAUGCUGAGGUGACCCUGGGCGGUGGCAGCCUGCGCAAGGUUGUCAAGCUCCCAGAGGGCGAAGACGAGAACGAGUGGUUAGCUGUCAACAUGGUGGAUUUCUACAACCAGAUCAACCUUCUCUACGGAGCCAUCACCGAGUUUUGCUCACCGAUUUCAUGCCCUGAGAUGAAAGCCACCGACGAGUUCGAGUAUCUGUGGCAAGACAACGAGAACUUCAAACGACCAACCAAGAUGCCUGCGCCAGCAUACAUUGAACAACUCAUGACGUGGGUGCAGGCCAACAUCGACAACGAACAAGUACUGCCCAGCAAAAUUGGCGUCCCCUUCCCCAAAUCUUUCCCAGCGCUGGUCCGCCAAAUCUUCAAGCGCAUGUACCGUGUCUACGCCCACAUUUACUGCCACCACUACCCCGUGAUCCGCGAGCUCGGUCUCGAGCCGCAUCUGAAUACAAGCUUCAAGCAGUACGUCCUGUUCGUCGACGAACACAGCUUGGCGAGCGGAAGGGACUACUGGGGUCCUCUGGGCGACCUGGUGGAUAGCAUGCUCAAGAGCGACUAGGAGAAGCUCGAGAGCGACAGUACUGAGCUAUGAGACUUAGCAACGCAACAAGGAGUUUUGGGCGUUUGAGGAUCAAGCAAAGGCUUGGGAGCAUAGGAAAGCUGGUUGAUUAUGACAAAUGAUAUGAUACGGAACAGCUAUUAGUUGUUCUGCGCAGUUGGGAGACUCUCGUCUGCUAUGAGAACUCGAGACUGCAUGCGCACUCACAAAGGAUGAAACCUCUCAGAGGAAGGAAACACGGGAUUGAUUACCUUACUUGAAAUACCCAACCUGGGCACUUAAUGGAUUGUUUUUUUCUUUAAG